UUCCCACGUCUCUGUCAGGGUCAGCAGGAUCGACUAGCUCAGUUAUAGAGUCAGAGGAACUCAUACAGGACAAUCGCUGCAGGACUGAGUGCCUUUAACACAAUCUGGAAUAUUGGAAUCAGCAUGUCUGCCAGUCUCACUACAGCUGCAGGCAGCAGCUCCUCAGGGUUCACCACUGGAGCCCCUCCCAGCACAGGUAUCAGUGUGCAUGCUGCUGACAUCGCUGUGGUUGUCGUGUACUUUGUCUUCGUCAUGGUGGUUGGGAUCUGGUCGUCAGCGCGAGCCAAUCGCAGCACUGUGAGGGGCUACUUCCUGGCUGGCCGUUCAAUGACGUGGUGGCCUAUUGGAGCCUCUCUGAUGUCCAGUAAUGUUGGCAGCGGUUUGUUUAUUGGUCUAGCAGGAACAGGAGCAGCCGGAGGCAUUGCUGUUGGGGGAUUUGAAUGGAACGUAAGGAUGACUUUUUCUCAGGGUGCAUUCUGGGGUCUGAUGGCUGGACUGGUGGUGGGACUGAUCCGCAUGGUGCUAGAGUUCUCCUAUGAAACUCCCUCCUGUGGUCAGCCUGACGGUCGCCCUGCCAUCCUGGCUGAUGUUCACUACCUGUACUUUGCUCUCAUCCUAUUGGCUCUUACCUGCCUCAUCAUUGCUGCUGUCAGCUUGGCCACUGCCCCAAUACCUAAAGAACAUCUGCACAGGCUGACCUGGUGGUCCAGACACAGCCGGGAGCCUCGUAUCGACCUCACGGGUCCCCCGAUGACCUCUGACCCCAGCCGGGACUCUGAGCGCUUGCCAGAAUCCUGUUGGCUGAGAGGAGCUCUGAGGCUCUGUGGUCUGACUGGUCCCAGCUCUGCCUCGGUGGCUCCAGCAGUUGAAAACAGCGAGCUGGACUCGCUGCAGGAGGAGCCGCUGUGGAGGAGAGUCUGCGAUGUGAACGGCCUGCUCCUGCUGGCUGUUAACGUGUUUCUGUGGGGAUAUUUUGCCUAAUAACUUGUUAUCGGUAAAGUUACAUUGAUGUACUGGACGGUGGUCAAACCAAUCAGCUGCUGUGCUGGAUCUGUCUUAUAUGCACCAACAGACAGUUCAUCUCAUCAGGAAACACGUAUAGUAGUAAUGAUCAUGGAACACAUUUAACCAGUCAAGGUCCAUAAUUGACUUACAAGGACACGUUUUAACACAGUAACAAAAGACAGCUGGGAGAACAUGUCCCUCUCCCUGACCCUCAGACCCAGCGGUGGCAACAUUUGAGAAUUCUGGAAAACAGAAAGAAAUUCCCUGCAAUUUACAAUCCAGAAUACUAAUCACUUCCAAGAUUCAUAACAUGUUCUUUGUCUCAUGAAAAAUCCUGCUUUAAAGCCAUAUUUGUUCAUUUGACUCCCACACAAUCAGAACAAAUGAUCGAUGGUCUGUCUAUCCACACACCACUCAGUACUCAUGAAGCUAGACAGCCCUGAGACAUCUCAGAUACAAUAUACAGAAACCUAACCACCACACAGCAGGACUGAUGGCUUGUUAUAAGAUUAGAACAUGAUAUUUCAUAUGCUCUUGUAUUCUUGUAAUAAUUUAAAGUGAGCUUUUAUAUCAUUUGUAUAAGUCUGUGUAACUGAAGGUACCAUCAUCUGUGUGAGAGUGUUUGUGGAGGUCAGACAAGAACAUUGAUGUCACUUACACUCACUUAACACACUUGCUUGUUAGUGUACUUUACAUACAUUUUAGUAGAGAAGAUUUGUGUACUUUUGUCCUUCUUUUUGUAUGACAAACACAAAAAUCACAAUCACAUAUAGGAAAGUGCUGCAAGUAGCACAGACGACAACGGGAACUGUUUCUAGGCAACACUAGCAUGUAUUUUCGUCUUAUUAAAGUUCUUGAAGUUA